AUAUCAACAGUCAGGCUCUCUGGUGUGUACACAACAUUCCUCCAGCUGUUCAGACACCAUAGAAGAAGUGAAUCUGGCUGCAAAUAUUCCAGGAGGUUGCAUCAACAAUUUGAAAGCUAUAAAGAGCAAGUAAGAAAGAUAGGGGAAGAAGCCCGCCGUUACCAGGGAGAGCACAAGGAUGAUGCUCCAACAUGUGGAAUCUGUCAUAAAACAAAGUUUGCAGAUGGUUGUGGCCAUUUGUGCUCUUAUUGCCGGACCAAGUUUUGUGCUCGAUGUGGAGGCCGUGUCUCUCUGCGAUCAAACAAUGAGGACAAAGUGUACAGGAAUACUGUUCCUACUCAUUGUGGAUCACAUUCAGCAGUACCCGUAAGAGUUAUGUGGGUAUGCAAUUUAUGUCGAAAGCAACAAGAAAUCCUAACGAAAUCCGGAGCGUGGUUUUUUGGAAGCGGACCGCAGCCCUCGCCCAGCCAGGACGGGACGCUGAGUGACACGGCGACUGGAGGAAGCUCGGAUGCACCGAGAGAAAAGAAAGCAAGGCUUCAAGAGCGAUCGAGAUCGCAGACUCCCUUAAGCACAGCAGCUGCCUCAUCACAGGAAAUCUCCUCUUCCAGCGUGCCCUCCGACCGCAGGAAAGCAGCAGAGGUGUCGCAGCCGGCGAUGGGCCUGGACCAAAAGCAAGUUUCAUCAAGGUCUAGAAGUGAACCUCCAAGAGAGAGGAAGAAGACGAUAUUGGUUUCAGACCAGAAUGGCAAAGGUUUAAAGAGUGAGCGAAAGCGUGUGCCAAAAUCCUCUCUCCAAAAAGAAGGGCCAGCAGAUGACAGGGAGCGUAAGGAACGGCACGAAGGCAGAAGGCUGGAGAAAGGCAAGUCACAGGACUACCCAGACUUGCCAGAGAAACUUGAGGAAGGCAAAGUGCCUGAUGAUGAAAAGCAAAGGAAGGAAGAUGAGUAUCAUACCCGUUACAGGAGUGACCCCAAUCUAGCAAGAUAUCCUGUAAAACCACAUCCUGAGGAACAGCAGAUGCGCAUGCACGCCAAAGUUUCUAAAGCACGGCACGAGAGAAGACACAGUGAUGUAGCUUUGCCACAUACAGAAAUGGAGGAAGCGGAGGUACCUGAGAAUAAAUUAGGAAAACGCUCACAAGUACAGGGAACUCAGGACAGAAAGUCUCUUGUGGAAACUCAGAGGUCGUACUCUAUAGACAGAACAGGUGAUGUAAGAAUUUCUGUUUCUAAACAAUUAACUAAUCAUAGCCCACCAACUCUCAGGCAUAGUCCAGUUCCUAUAGAACAAGUAGAAUACAAGAACCACGAUUCCUUUAAAAAACAGAGCCGCCUUGAUCCUAGCUCUGCUAUUCUCAUGCGAAAAGCAAAGCGGGAGAAAAUGGAGACCAUGCUAAGGAAUGAUUCCCUUAGCUCUGACCAGUCGGAAUCAGUGCGGCCAUCCCCUCCAAAGCCUCAUAGAGCAAAAAGAGGCGGAAAGAAAAGGCAGAUGUCAGUUAGUAGCUCAGAGGAAGAAGGGGCAUCAACACCAGAAUAUACUAGCUGUGAAGAUGUGGAGAUAGAAAGUGAAAGUGUCAGUGAAAAAGGUGACUUGGAUUAUUACUGGCUGGAUCCUGCCACGUGGCACAGCAGGGAGACAUCCCCUAUUAGUUCGCAUCCAGUGACGUGGCAGCCUUCUAAAGAGGGAGAUCGCUUAAUUGGGCGUGUUAUUCUUAACAAGAGAACAACCAUGCCAAAAGAAUCAGGUGCAUUAUUGGGGCUAAAAGUUGUUGGAGGAAAAAUGACAGAAUUAGGACGACUCGGUGCCUUCAUUACCAAAGUGAAGAAAGGCAGCUUGGCUGAUGUGGUGGGGCAUCUCAGAGCAGGGGAUGAAGUUCUAGAAUGGAAUGGUAAACCCUUGCCUGGAGCUACAAAUGAAGAAGUUUACAACAUUAUUUUAGAAUCAAAAUCAGAACCUCAAGUUGAAAUUAUUGUUUCAAGACCUAUUGGUGAUAUUCCACGGAUUCCCGAGACUUCUCACCCCCCGUUAGAGUCUAGUUCAAGUUCUUUUGAAUCUCAGAAGAUGGAAAGGCCUUCUAUUUCUGUUAUAUCUCCAACCAGCCCUGGAGCCCUACGGGAUGCACCACAAGUCCUACCAGGGCAGCUUUCUGUUAAACUGUGGUAUGACAAAGUGGGACAUCAGUUAAUUGUAAAUGUUCUGCAAGCAACAGAUUUGCCACCAAGAGUAGAUGGACGCCCCAGGAAUCCCUAUGUAAAAAUGUAUUUUCUUCCAGACAGAAGUGACAAGAGUAAAAGGAGGACCAAAACAGUAAAGAAAAGUCUAGAGCCAAAAUGGAACCAAACUUUUCUCUACUCACAUGUACAUCGUAGAGAUUUUAGAGAACGAAUGCUGGAAAUUACCGUCUGGGACCAGCCGAGAGUACAAGAAGAAGAGAGUGAAUUUCUUGGAGAGAUUCUUAUAGAGCUGGAGACAGCGCUUUUAGAUGAUGAACCACAUUGGUAUAAGUUACAGACACAUGAUGAAUCUUCACUACCUCUGCCUCAGCCAUCACCUUUCAUGCCAAGAAGACAUGUUCAUGGUGGAGAAAGCACUAGCAAAAAAUUGCAAAGAUCUCGGCCAAUCAGUGAUAGUGACAUCUCAGAUUAUGAUGUUGAUGAUGGUAUUGGAGUUGUUCCUCCAGUAGGUUAUAGAUCUAGUACUAGAGAAAGUAAAUCCACAACGCUAACUGUGCCAGAACAGCAAAGAACAACACAUCAUCGCUCACGCUCAGUAUCUCCUCACCGCGGCGACGAUCAGGGCAGGACCCGUUCACGUUUACCAAAUGUGCCAUUACAGAGGAGUUUAGAUGAAAUUCAUCAAAUGAGAAGAUCACGUUCUCCAACUAGACACCAUGAUGCCUCCAGAACUGCAGUUGAUUACAGAUCCAGAGACAUGGAUAGUCAGUAUUUGUCUGAUCAAGAAAGUGAGCUUCUCAUGCUGCCCAGAGCAAAGCGGGGAAGGAGUGCAGAGUGCCUACACACCAGCAGGAGUUCUGUUAGGCACUAUAAAACAUUACCACCCAAGAUGCCUUUACUAGAAAACGGUAUUCAUUGGAACCUGUACAGCUCAACUCUUCCUGCAUGUGCUAAGACCAAACCCAUGGUUAGACAGGAUAUUUCACUCCUUCGUGAUGGCCUUAAUUCACGAAUACUGAAAUUUGGAGAUGAUCUGCUUGUUAGUGAACUGCAGCCCUCCCUUGACAGGGCUAGGAGUGCUAGUACCAACUGCUUGAGACCAGAUACUAGUUUGCAUUCACCAGAACGAGAAAGAACAAGGACGCUGGAGUCUUGCAUUCCAAAACAGGACAGUGUAGACCACCUAAGUGCUAAACCUGGAGCACCACAGAGGCAGUCCAGAAAAGUGGAAAGAUAUAGCAGCCAAAAACAAGCUAGGAAAGGCCCCGCCUCUGACACAGAAAGAAUACAUCAGCAAGGAAGCCCCACGCAGUCUCCUCCUGCAGACACGUCCUUCAGCAGUCGCAGGGGAAGGCAGCUGCCGCAAGUUCCAGUAAGAAGUGGCAGUAUAGAGCAAGCAAGCUUAGUAGUGGAGGAGCGAACGAGACAGAUGAAAAUGAAAGUGCACCGUUAUAACCAGACGUCAGGGUCUGGUUCUAGCCAAGAACAUGAGCGUGAGCAAUACACCAAGUAUAACAUACAAACAGAUCAGUACAGAAGUUGUGAUAACGUCUCUGCCAAAUCCUCCGAUAGCGAUGUCAGUGACGUGUCAGCCCUUUCCCGAACCAGCAGUGCCUCACGCCUCAGCAGCACAAGUUUUCUGUCCGAGCAAUCUGAGCGCCCUCGGGGCAGAAUCGGUACAUUUACUCCUAAAAUGCAAGGCAGACGGAUGGGGACUCCAGGGAGAAUCACAAAGAGCACAAGCGUGAGCGGGGAGAUGUACAAGCUGGAGCACAACGACGGGAGCCAGUCGGACACGGCGGUGGGCAUGGUUGGCACAGGUGGGAAGAAGAGGCGCUCCAGCCUCAGUGCCAAGGUGGUUGCCAUCGUGUCCCGCAGGAGCAGGAGCACGUCUCAGCUCAGCCAGACAGAGGCCGGCAGCAAGAAGCUCAAGAGCACGAUUCAGAGGAGCACAGAGACGGGGAUGGCAGCAGAGAUGAGAAGCCGAAUGGUCCGACAGCCGAGUCGGGAAUCCACUGACGGCAGCAUAAAUAGUUACAGCUCCGAGGGCAACUUAAUAUUCCCCGGCGUGCGGCUGGGCGCUGACAGCCAGUUCAGUGAUUUCCUCGAUGGACUCGGGCCUGCACAGUUGGUCGGCCGGCAAACGCUAGCAACGCCUGCCAUGGGUGACAUCCAGAUCGGAAUGGUGGAUAAAAAGGGACAGUUAGAAGUAGAAGUCAUUAGAGCCCGAGGCCUCACACAAAAACCUGGCUCCAAAUCGACCCCAGCUCCAUAUGUGAAAGUAUAUUUGUUGGAAAACGGAGCGUGUAUAGCUAAGAAGAAGACAAGAAUUGCAAGGAAGACCCUUGAUCCUUUGUACCAACAGACACUGGUUUUUGAUGAGAGUCCGCAGGGUAAAGUCCUUCAGGUAAUAGUCUGGGGAGACUAUGGCCGAAUGGACCACAAAUGCUUCAUGGGAGUUGCCCAGAUCCUUCUGGAGGAGCUGGAUCUCUCCAGUGUGGUAAUAGGCUGGUACAAGUUGUUCCCACCUUCAUCACUAGUGGACCCCACCCUGACCCCCCUGACGCGCAGGGCUUCCCAGUCCUCUCUGGAGAGCUCCACCGGGCCCCCCUGCCUCAGGUCGUAGCUGCUGUCGGAGGAGAACGUCACCCAGGAACAGCCGGAACCAGACACACCAUCAAAAAACUCUGCUGGAGAGAGACAAUCGCUUCUCUUUUCGCUUGUAGUAGUUACCCCAAAAUAUGUCUGAGUUGUUUGGUGAGAGGUGGCUUAAAUUGACAGAACGAAGGUCUAUCACAUACAGCCAGUCUAUUCGCGGCUACCACCCAUGCUUAGAAUGAUUUAAAAAAUUAAAAAAAAAAAAUAAAUAGAGAGAGAGACACCUUUAGAUUCAACCCGAGUCCAAGAUGAGCCAAACUGGAAGCUCUGGCUCUGUUCAGUGUUGGGUAGAGCCCUCACGCAGUGGUACCUCCCUGGGGUUCCAGCAGUUUUCUGUACUUGUCACUUCCACUCGGUUUUUGCCAUGUGAUUCUGCUAGUUUUGUAGAAGUCCUCGCAGCGCUAACAGAGACCCCUCCUUUCUUUUUCUAAUCCAACCAAACAAGGGCUGAAGCACAUCUCUGUCAGCACCGCUAAAGUGUUCCGCAGCCACAGGGUGACCCAGCCAGUCCCAACCCUCCCUUCCGGCUCCCCCAAGUCUCUCCCGGGACCCCAGAACAAGCGACCAAUCUAAGUUGCAUUCUUAAAGAGAAAUAAUCAUCACAGUGCCACUUUUUCUUUGUAAAAAGCAGAUAUGUUUGCAUUAUAUAUAAUAACUUUUAUGUUUAUGAUGUUUUGCAUGGAAGAAUUUUGAAGAAUUCUGCAACUACUGCUGGGGACUGGUAUAAAGCAACUUUAGUCUUAAUUUUGACAUUGAAUAUGUUACUGGUAAUGCAGUUUCCCUCCUAGAAACGGGGAGGAAAUAUUUACGUUUCUGUGUAUAAAUGUAUAUUUGACUUCCCAAAACGUUGACCAGGAAUGGAUUGAGCAUAUGACACUUUGAGCUGUGCCCGGGCCCCGCUGGCGCGUGUCGCUGCCGACGCACCCCUGCCCCGGACGGAGCACGGAUGGAGACGGUCAGUGUUUCACCGGAGACUCCAGGUGAAAUAUUCUGCACUUACUAAUGUUUUUAUCAAUUUUAGUUUACAUUUCUUUGAGACCGAUGCAAGCACAAGGCUUGAUUUUUUAACGCAAGAUAUCUUACUUUUUGGAGAAAAAAAAGAAAAAAAAAAGUCAAAUUUCAAUUUGCUUUUUAUUCAUUUGAGUCCUUCUUGGCCUUGAAAUCCCUUGUGAUAUUCUGUAAAUGUGCGAACAACUGCAGAUUCCUGCAGGUGCAUCGAGGUGUUUCCCCUCCUUUUCCAGGCCAUUCGAUUUUGUGAUCACACAACCAGAGCAGCAUGACUCGGAACUGUUCAAAGCUGCAUGCACGUUUUGUAAAAAAGAGAUGAAAAAGGUUAUUUACUAAUGUAUGUUAGUUCCACAUAGGCCAGCUUGUAUGUUGCAUGUACUUGUACAGUUUGCUCGUAAUUAACUCUACUGAAGUAACCAAGAAAUCUAAGCCAUCCAUUUUUCUUAUAGACAUUUUGCGGGUUUCAGCCGGGCGCUCCGUGGCUCUGGCGCCAAAUGUCUAUAGAUGGACUUUAUUUUUUACCCUCUGGAGAAGGUGACGUAGUAGGGACCAAAUUCCUCCCGCCGGCCGCGGGUGCAGCCCCGGCGCAGCAGCUGUGUGCACACCAGGCUCCCCCGUAGACAAACUGCCUGCACCCAGCCCCGCUCCCGCUCGGGGGGUCCCCCUGCCCGCGCCCCCCCGGCCACUGCCCGCCCCGCGGGGCAGGGGGGGCCCGGCGCUGGUGCUCCACCACUAGAUCCUCCUCCCUCGUAGUGGCCAACACCGACUAGUUCCGAUUGGGUAGCACCUUUCUAUUUCGACCACUUGUCUUAACACUCCCCCGUGCUUUUAACUGACCUCCCCGCCCAUGUUCUGUAAACAUGUUGAAUAAAAUUUCCUUUUCAUGUCCAG